UCUGGAUGACAGCGGCAGACAGAGGGACGGAGAGGCUGCGCAUCGUACGAACAAGCGGGCUUUGGAUCCGCUUGGAGCGUCUCGCCUUCCUCUGCUGGAGGCGAACAGCAGUCUGGAAUGAGUCAGAGAAACAACAUCAGCUGAAGGCUAAAUAAUAGUAAUAAUAAUAAUAAAAAUAAAUAAAUAAAUAGAAUAGGUGGGAGCGACAUCGUCUUGGAGGAGCAGAGGCCGGACCGGACAGUGACCGCAGCGGAGGAGCAGAGCCAUUAUCAGCGGACAGCCAUGGCGGAUGCAGAGUUGGACUUCCAGACCGGUGAUGCCGGGGCGUCUGCCACCUUCCCCAUGCAGUGCUCCGCGCUGCGCAAAAACGGCUUUGUGGUGCUCAAAGGUCGACCCUGCAAGAUCGUGGAGAUGUCCACCUCCAAAACCGGCAAGCACGGCCACGCCAAGGUUCACCUGGUUGGCAUCGACAUUUUCUCUGGCAAGAAGUAUGAAGACAUUUGUCCUUCCACCCACAACAUGGACGUCCCCAACAUCAAAAGAAUGGAUUACCAGCUGAUUGGGAUCCAGGACGGCUACCUCUCCCUGCUCCAGGACAGCGGGGAGGUGAGAGAGGACCUGAAGCUUCCCGAGGGAGACCUGGGAAAGGAAAUCGAGAGCAGGCACGACGCCGGAGAGGAGAUCCUGAUCACUGUCCUAAAUGCAAUGGACGAGGAAGCUGCAGUCGGUAUAAAAGCCUUGGGGAAAUAAGCCACAGCAGAUCCGAAUGAGAUGCACUGGACCUGGAGGAAAAGGAGAGGCUAAUGCAUCGUCCAAGCUAGUCUCCCUCCUUUCUCUGUUUCUUUUUUCCAUUCUUGCUUUCCGCCUCUCCUUUGGGUUCAACUAGACGACUUGAAUAAAUAUCUGGAAGCAGCUAAAAAAAAAAAAAGAAAAAAAAAACAUUAUUGAUGUACAUGCACAGAGUCCAGACGGGAGUCCCACAGUGGUUUUAAGUGGAUCCACAAAUGUCGUGUAGCAACGCCACCUUCAGGGACGAGCUGUAAUCACACUUCUGUUUGACAAACCUCUGCUGAAUCAAAGGGCUUCAUCUCCAGAUCUACAGCGAAACGAUUUCAGAGAGAUGACGAGUGAAUUCUGCUGGUGUUCAAAGUUAUUUAUUGAGGAGAUGCUGUGCAGAAACCCUCACAGCUCUCCGAAGAAACGAUUCAAAUGUUAUUUAUUGAGCUCCCAGGUUCUGAUCCAGGAUCUGUGGGCGAUCUUUGGCAAGUUCGGCACCGUCUCGUGUCCGUACAGCCGAACGGUGCAGAAUCUCCGCAAGGCCAACACACAAAUAAAGCUAAACGUAAUAAAGAUGAUGCAAAAUGA